CAAAAUGGCCUACCUCGACCUCACCACCCUCGACACCAGCACAACCGCCGUAAUCCUGCAGAUCCAAAUGGAAGAGCUCGAACAUCUACACGCAACCAGCAAAGGCAAGGCCCGCGUUGACGAGCCCACAGACUCGGAAAUCGCCCUGCAGCUAUACAUGGAGGACCUGAAACGAUGCAACACGAUCAUGGCGGACCGCGCAAUGUGCCGCAGCAUGGCGGCGGCGGUGGUGAGCGACGGGCGUGUUUUGGGGCAGUGUGAUGCCCUGGAACGGCGGGAGACGAGGGACCAUGAGAUGGCGAGACAGAUGGGUGGGUUGGAGGCGUUUACGGAGGGCGUUCCUGUCUCUGGGGAGGAGGUGACGGAUGAUACGCUGCUUAAGAUGCAGCAUUUGUAUGUUUCGCCGGUGGAUGAGGAUGGUGGUGAGGGGAGCUCGGAGGGAGUUGGGAAAGCGAAGAAAGGCUCAGCACAGCGUAUUCGAUGCGAAGUCUGUCAUGAAGAUAAACUCUUCUUUGAUGUGACGCGGUUGUCGUGUGGGCAUGAGUAUUGUCGGGGAUGUCUGCAGCAGCUGUUCGAAAUGUCCAUUACUGAUGAGUCUCUCUUUCCACCGCGAUGCUGUCGACAGUCGAUUAUCAUGAAACAUGUUCGGCCUUUCUUAACCUCGGACGUGGCCAAGAGAUUCGUGGCGAGAAAACAGGAAUUGGAGACGUCGAAUCGCACGUACUGUUGCUCGCCGACUUGUUCGUUGUUUAUUCCUCCUGGCUUGAUUGUCGAUGAUCGAGCUACCUGUCCUAACUGCAAGACUGUCACUUGCAGCAUCUGCAAGUGUGAAUCUCACCCUGGCGACUGUCCGAGUGAUACUGCUCUGCAAGAUCUCCUCCAUCUAGCAAAGGCAAACGAGUGGCAGAGAUGUUUUUCCUGCCACAGAAUUGUUGAACUCAACAUGGGAUGCCACCACAUCACCUGCCGCUGCGGCGCCCAAUUCUGCUAUCGAUGCGGCGAAACAUGGAAAUCCUGUUCCUGCGAUCAAUGGGAUGAGCAUCGUCUUCUUGCUCGCGCCAACCAGAUCGUCGACAGACGCGAUGCAGACAAUCGCCAACCUCGCGCGGUACAGCUGGAAGUAGCAACUCGCCAUCUGAGACAGAAUCACACAUGCAAUCACCAGUCGUGGACGUCUAUUGGUGGGCCUCAGGCGUGCGAAGAGUGUCAUCAUCGAUUGCCAGCGUAUAUUUUCCGGUGUCAGCAAUGUGGGGUUCAGGCGUGUCAUCGGUGUAGGAGGAAUCGACUGUAG